GUUUUUAAUUUGUAGUCAGUCUUAAUACACUGAAGUAAACAGACCAGUGAUCGACCCAUUAGUUUUUUAAAAAAAUAUGAACAAAAUAUUUUUUAUAAUAUAAUUUAAUAUACAUUUAAAAUAAUGAAUUCACAAUUACAUUUAAAAAUUAAAUUAUUAUUUAUCAUUGUUAUAAAUAUACUAAAAUACGUAGAGGCAUCUAAUUUGACAAGCGGAUGGGGCAUAGUCGGGAAUCCCAUAGCAAGGGCAUACCCUUGCAAAGGCAAUCAAGUUCUGGAAGCAAUUUUCGAACCAGGAUUGAGCCCUGAUGAAGAAAAUAAAUACGAAUUGGCCAUUUAUGAGAAGUUUCCUGCACAUUCUCGUGUUACAAUUAAGUUUGAUUCUGAAGCAACAGUGACAUUGGCAGAUGACACUGUGGCACGAAUAAAAUCUGACUUAUCAGAUUUAGAGGUUUCAAUAAGAUUUUUCAAAUCAGCGUCCCGUUUGAUUGUCACUGUCAAAGGACCACAGACGGGAACAGUGCCGUAUCCUACUUCUAUCGACGUAAAUACGGUUGAAUAUUGUAAGGAACCAGAUCCAGGAUUUCUUGAUAAUCAUCUUCAAGGAUAUAAAGGAACAGCGCACGUGGCUCUUUCAGUACCUACUGGUUCAUGUGGGAGACGUAAAGUGCAGCAUACAGAGCUAAUUGUCAAUGGCCAGCCUACUAAGCCUGGAGACUGGCCCUGGCACGGAGCCAUUUACAGACUGGAACAGUCUUCUGUGAAAUACGUUUGUGGUGGAACACUUCUGUCAAAAAUCUUUGUACUAACUGCUGCUCAUUGUUCAACAAUCAAUGGGAAGCCAGUUCUGCCAGAGAUAUUAAGUGUCAUUUUUGGAAAGUAUCAGUUGAUUGGUGGCGAUGUUGCGACGCAGGAGAGAGAGAUACAUCAAGUUAUAGUGCAUGAGGAAUAUAAACCUAAGAGACUGGAUAACGAUAUCUCGCUGUUGAAAAUGAAGACUGAAAUAACAUACGACGAUUAUGUUCAGCCAGCUUGUUUAUGGAAUGUGAACGCUUAUAAAAAAUUGCCAGUAGGGACUAUCAUGGGAACUGUAGUUGGAUGGGGGUUCAAUCAUAACGAUAAGCUGGCAAGUACUUUACAUCAAGUAGUUCUGCCCAAAAUAUUAGAAGCGCCUUGCAUCAAAAGUAACGUUGCCUUUUUCGGAAAGUUGUUAAAUGCUAAAAAAUUCUGCGCUGGAUACAGAAAUGGUACCUCAGCAUGCAAUGGAGACAGCGGUGGUGCUUACCAAGUGUUCGUUCCUGAUAUUACUGGUGAUUCAUCAGCUAACGCUACUGGCGCUUGGCAUGUCCAUGGCAUAGUCUCUAUCGCCUUAUCGCGACCCAACCAGCCUAUAUGUGACCAUACACAGUACUCUUUAUUCACUGAUGUCGGUUCUUUUGUUGGAUGGAUAAAUAGCCAUAUCAAGACUGAUAAUUAAUAUUAUAAUUAUUUGAUUAAAACAAAGUUUAAUAUGGA